CUUUGAUGGCUAGAGGAUCCAAGAAAUGUAGGCAUACCAAUAGCCCAUGUGGAUUCUACUGAAAUGCAUCCUCACUUGAAGCCUGCAGUUGGAGUGAAAGAUUCUCUUCCUAAUAAAACAGGAGGAAUGAAGAAUUUACAAACAUUCAAAUCAGCAGACCUAGACUUAGAAAUGACAUCUAAGGAAGAGCAAGAAGGACUUGAUGGAAGUGAAAACAACCAGUCACAGGAUACAUGUGUUUUACAAGCAUGCACUGUGAAAGAAAAGAAAUCGGAAGGUCAAAUCAGGCAGAUUAAUCUUUCACCUGUGCAUCUGCAAAAAAUGCCUGGAGAACCAGGAAUGAAUAAGGAACAGGACAGAAAGGACGUACCUGUAUCUUCAAAACAUUCUUGUGUGGAGAAGCAUGAGGACAUGUGGGUCAAAAAAGGCAAAUUAGACUGGAAAAAUAAUACAAAAUUUAUCACAAAGAAGUUAAAUCAGAAAGUCAGUAAAAUCCGUGAAAAAUGCAAAGUUACUUUUCAUCAUAAGGCAGAGUCACUACAUGACAACUCUGAACUACAUGGUGACUUAAAGGAACUACCUUCCAAUAUGACAAAUAAUAUAUGCGAUUCUGAGGAAAAAGAUGCGCCUGGAGCCUCUGUCUCUGCAGGAUCCCAGGCGCUCCCUCAACACGAAGAACCCAGUCUUGAAAAUGUUUUUCCAUCUUACUCCAAGUCUGGUUCGGCAAAGUAUGGUUGCCAGUCAUCUUCAAAACUUUAUUUAAAUGAAAAUAAGUUAACUGAAAAUGAUAAACCAGACACUGAAUAUGUUUUUAAUAAAAAUGAGGAGGGUUUUUAUAAUGAUAGAGAAAAAGAAGUAAGGGACCAAGUCCGACUUAUGGUGAAAGAAGACCAAGAAUUUGUUACGAAAAGAAAACAAAAAAGGAGCCAGAGUGCUCCCUGGAAAUCAGACACUGGACACGCACCUCAGGUUAAAGUAGAAGAGAACAGGAACAAAAGUGGUGAACUGAAAGCAUCAGAAACCAUGUGUGAUGGCAACUGUUAUAAAGGACUAACUCAGCGGAGGAAGAGGGGAAAAACUGAUGACCAGCAGUUUCCUGCUCUGCAGAAAGGAAAUUCUGAUAGGUCUUCAAAGAAAACAUCUGCUAAAAAGGACAAGGUCAAAGAGCAGGUGAAUUCUGUGGAUGACCUCGAUGACUUAACUCUGUCACCGGAAACAGCUCCCGAGGACCGCGAGUCGCUUUACCCUAAUUAUAAGAAUACCCUGAGGCUAAUCGAACAACUUGGCCUGGAGAGUAAAGGUAGGACCCCCGCAUGACUACAAAGCCUUUUUAAGUAUC